AGUGGGGCUGAGAGGCUGUACGCAUGCGCGCGAUUUCGACGGCGGCCUCAGCUGAGCGGAGAGAGAGAGAGAGAAGCGGUUGUCAAGUUUAAUGUCUCACAAUGAGUUCAACACAAUGGGAUUUUCCUCUGGAGCUCUGUUGCCGACCAAUGGCUUUUGUAGCUCUAACUGGUCUUGAUGUGAUUUAUAAUGCUGUGCAUCGAGCCAUUUGGGAUGCAUUUUGUGCCAACCGACGAGCGGACAGGGUCCCUAUUUCAUUCAAAGUACUUCCUGGUGAUCAUGAAUACCCAAAGUGCAGACAAAAGAGGAUGUCUUAUGAGUGGUACAUUCCAAAAGGAAUUCUCAAAACUGGCUGGAUGAACAAGCACCUGAACCUAGUUCCUGCAUUAGUGGUGGUCUUCUAUGAACUAGACUGGGACGAACCCCAGUGGAAAGAAAAACAGUCUGAAUGUGCUACCAGAGUAGAAAUUGUCAGGCAGAGUUUGCAGGGAAGGAAUGCAAAGGUUGCAGUCGUGCUAAUACAGAAGAAAACCCCUUUACCUCCAGGGGAGGAUUUAAUUGCUUCCGAGAGGGCAGCAGCAUUGUGCAAUGCGUGCGACUUGUCAGGAAAGUCUCUGUUUGUACUGCCACAUACUGAUCAUCUUGUAGGAUAUAUCAUCAGGUUAGAAAAUGCAUUUUAUGAACAUACACAGACAUAUUACUACACUGAAAUAAGGAGAGUGAAAUCACAUAAAGAGUUUCUGAACAAAACAACUCAUCAGCUGCUGUUUGUGAGACAUCAGUUCAAGACUGCUUUCUUCAGUGAAUUAAAACAGGAUACUCAAAAUGCACUAAAAAAUUACAGGACAGCUUAUAAUCUUGUGCAUGAGCUGAGGGCCCAUGAGACCAACAUGCUUGAAAUCAAGACCAUGGCUGGAUUCAUCAACUACAAGAUUUGUCGUUUAUGUUUCCAACACAACGCUCCUUUGGAUGCUAUUGCUCAGUUUCGGAAACAUGUUGAUUUGUGCAAAAAGAAGAUAGGGAGUGCAGAGCUAGCAUUUGAGCAUGCGGCUUGGAUGUCUAAACAAUUCCAAGCAUUUGGAGAUUUGUUUGAUGAAGCCAUAAAACUUGGACUUACAGCCAUUCAGACGCAGAACCCUGGCUUCUACUACCAACAGGCAGCAUACUAUGCCCAAGAGCGCAAACAACUUGCUAAUCAUCUCUGCAAUCAUGAUACCUCUACCACUUAUCCUAGUCCUGAUCUAUUGGAGACCCCUGCUGGAGUUCUGGAUUUCUUUGGACAAAGACCAUGGAGACAAAGUCACCAAAGUAUUGAACCACCAGAUCCCGAGAAGGAGAAGGUUGGCAUUCUGGCACUUCAGCUCAAAGAAAGAGAAGUUGACCAUUCUGAACUGAUUAUUACACUCUUGAGUAAUGCAGUGGCCCAGUUCAAGAGAUACAAGUGUCCUCGAAUGAAAAGUCAUCUAAUGGUUCAGAUGGGUGAGGAGUAUUACAAUGCUAAGGACUAUAGUAAAGCAUUGAAGCUGCUGGAUUAUGUGAUGUUUGAUUACCGCAGUGAGCGUUGGUGGAAACUGCUGACUUCCAUUCUGAAUACAGCCCUCAAGUGUGCUUACCUGAUGGCUCAAGUCAAAGAUUACAUUACUUACUCUCUGGAGCUCCUCGGAAGGUCUUCCACGCAGAAAGAAGAGCAAAAAUCUCGCAUUGAAAAGAAUUUGUUGAAAGUGUUGAUGAAUGAGAGCCCUGAUCCUGAACCAGAAUGCGAUUCUAAGGCUGUCAAAACUGCUCAGAAAUUGUGGGCUGAUCGUGUUUCUUUGGCAGGAAGUAAUGUUUUCACGAUUGAGAUGCAAGACUACGUGCCAUUUGUUGAAUGCAAAGCCCGGUUCCUGGCUCCAAGUUUCCAUGUUGAUGUCCCUGUGCAGCUUCAUGUGUACCUAAAGGCUGACUGUCCUCAUCCAUUUAGAUUUUCUAAACUCUGUGUCAGCUUUAACAACCAGGAGUACAACCAGUACUGUGUAGUAGAAGAAACAUAUCAGUCAUCUGACAUCUUGGAAGCCUCAGCUCAGGGAACUAUGUGCUUGGUUCCUGGUAAAACAAGGAAAUACGUGUUCAAGUUUGUUGCUAGAACUGAAGAUGUGGGGAAAAAAGUUGAGAUCACAUCUGUGGACCUAGUGCUGGGUUCUGAUACGGGGAGGUGUGUGGUCCUUAACUGGAGGGGAGGAGGAGGAGAUGCUGCCUCCUGUCAGGAAGCCUUGCAGGCCACUCGAUCCUUUCGACGACGACCCAAGCUGCCUGACAAUGAAGUAGACUGGGAGAGUGUUACCAUACAAGCAAGCACAAUGGUGAUUUCGCGAGUUCCAAAAAUUUCCGUACGUCUCCGACAUGAACCUCCUGCAUUGACCAAUGAAAUGUAUUGCUUGGUGGUUAAUGUACAGUCACAGGAGUCUACCACUGCAAAAGAUGUCAAAUUAACAGCAGGUUUAAAACCAGGCCAGGAUGCCAAUCUUACUCAAACAACUCAUGUUACUCUUAAUGGAACUGAGAUGUGUGACGAUUCUCAUCCUGCUUUGCUGCCUGAUAUUCCCAUUGGAGAUUUACAACCAGGGGAAAAGGUAGAGAAACCUCUGUUUGUCCGAUGUGGCCAAGUUGGGACAAGAAUCUUCUUGGUUCAUGUCUCUUACGUCAUUACUACUGUUGUUGAAGGCAAAGAAAUAGUUUGCAAAUGUCAUAAGGAUGAAACAAUCACAAUUGAAACUGUUGUUCCUUUUGAUGUUGCUGCAAAGUUUGUUUCUGCAAAAUUUGAGCACAUGGAUCGGGUUUUUGCAGAUAUUCCAUUUCUUUUGAUGGUAGACAUUCUGAGUGCAUCUCCAUGGGGACUCACCAUAGUAACUAGUAAGAUGCAACUUGCACCUUCUAUGGCUUCAGUUGAUCAGACAGAGUCACAGCUGGAUCAAGUGAUUUUACAGACGGGAGAGAGCGCAAGCGAGUGCUUCUGCUUACAGUGUCCGCCAGCACCUAAUGGUCAGAGUGGAGUUGCGUCAGGUCACUAUAUAAUCUCAUGGAAAAGGUCCUCUGCUGUUCAAAGUGUACCUGUUGUCAGCACUGUGGUUACACUGCCACAUGUGAUUGUGGACAGUAUUCCCCUCUACGUUCAUGCAGAUCUGCCAUCAUUUGGUCGAGUUCGAGAGUCUUUGCCAGUCAAAUAUUGCUUACAGAAUCGGACUAAACUGGUACAGGAUGUGGAGAUCUUUGUGGAACCCAAUGAAUCUUUUAUGUUCUCUGGUCUUAAACAGAUCCGAUUGCGAAUUCUACCUGAUACAGAACAAGAUUUAUUAUAUAACUUUUACCCCCUCAUGGCUGGAUACCAACAGCUCCCAGGUCUUAACAUAAGCUUGCCAAGGUUCCCUGAAGUCACUAACCAGCUCUUGCGCCGAUUCCUUCCCACACACAUCUUUGUAAAGCCCCAAGGUCGGCAGGCAGAUGAAGUGAUUGUUGUAGCUGCUUAAUUGAAGAUGAAAGAAACAAUUUUGCUGAAAACAUGUAAAAUGUCAGCACCUGCAAAGAAUGGAAAACCAACCCACUGUUUGAGUUGCAACAUUUGCAAGUUAGAUUUUUCUGAUUGAUGCAUUCAUUCAUGCUCGUAUAAAAGGAAAACAUGAAGACUUGAGCCUGAAGUUACUCUUCCUUAGUGAAACAAAAAUGAUUUGAUUAAUAAAUUCUAUUUGCAUUAAUGAACUAAAUGUUUAUUUUCAGUUGUUGCAUGAUCUUCACUUGAGUUUUAUAGUUCAGAAUAAGUGAUCACAAUUUGGGGAUGUGCCAUUGUAAUGUGCACCCUUGAGAUGCUAUUUAAUGAUGAACUGUAAUGUAUAUUUUACAGCAAUUCAUGUUUGAGCACAAAUUCCAUGUUAAAUUCUGAGUUCCAUGUAUUUAACUAAAAUUAAGUGUCAGUUUUGUUAAACUAUUAGCAAACGUUAUGAAUUAAAAAGCAGAUCGGUAAAGUUUAUAUAACCUAUACUGUAACUCAUUUCAGAUUGUGGAUCACAAUAAAAAAAAUUCCUGUAA